AUGCGCAUUACCACCGCGCCCCAGAGCGUCGGCCGUGUUCCGACACAGGUGCCUUACCUUAGAAAUCUUCUUUCAGGGAUAUAUGAAUUCACUAUGUCGAAUUUAGAGUCCAGACAGCAUGUCUCCCCAGACUCAGGCUUCCCGAUCUGCUUGCAUCCGCACUUCCAUCCCAAGAUAAGAGAUCAUGUACCUCCUGAGCCAGUCCGAGAGGAGAGAUUUCCGGAGAAGGAUAGGGCAUCCUUCGCCGAUCCUGAGAAGAAAGCCCUCCUCUCAGUUGCGAAGAGGUUUGAUUUGACAGAGUCAAUCGGCACAGUAUUGGAAAGUGUGCAGUUAUCACAGCUCUCUACACAGCAACUGGACGAACUCGCACUUAUUGUUACUGAGCGCGGGGUUGUCUUCUUUCGGAGCCAGGACCUGACAACUGAUGGUCAGGUUAAACUCUUUGAGCAUUACGGCGCUCUCGACCGUCAUCCCGCUCAGAAGGAUUUGAAGUACGUUGUUAUCAAGGGCAGCCGCGAGGAUCACCGUGAAAUACUCAAGUACACCCCUUGGCCCUCUGGCGACUUCCACGCCGACACAUCCUUUGAGAUCAACCCGCCAUCCUACUCCUUGUUGCGUAUGGAGGAGCACCCCGACGUCGGCGGUGACACUGCCUGGGUCUCUCAAUAUGGACUUUAUGACGCUCUCAGCGACGCCAUGAAAAAGUUCGUUGACGGACUGCACGCAGUACACACCUCACGGCUACAAUACGACACAAUCUUGGACCUGUGGGGUACUGGUCCAAACCGGCCUCCCAUCGAUUCACACCAUCCGGCUGUUAGGACCCAUCCAGUCUCCGGUCUCAAGGCGCUGAAUGUCAAUCCAGGCUUUGUAACCGCCUUCGCUGAGCUCAAGAAGUACGAGUCUGACAAACUUUUGGACUUUUUCUCGUACCACAUCCACUCUGCCGACGAUCAUGCUGUUCGGUGGAAGUGGGAAGUGGGCAGCGUGGCCAUGUGGGAUAAUAGAUGUACAAUUCAUCGUGUUAUCCCGGGGACUUACGAUGAACCGCGUAAGGGUAUUAGAACAACCGUAUUUGGUGAGAAGCCCUACUUCGACGUGAGCAGCGAAAGUAGACAAGAGCGGGUAGCAAGAUUAAGCACUCAGCCAAGCUGA